UGCGUGUAGAGGGAAGCGGAAGUAAGCAUCAUGUCGACAGAGGAUCCGUUUUUCGUUGUGAAGGGGGAGGUGCAGAAGGCCCUGUCUCGAGCACGGGCCCUGUUCGAUAGAUGGGAGGAACUGUUGCAGGAUGGGGCACAGGUGAGCCGGGAUGAGCUGGACUGGAGUGCCAAUGAGCUGAGGAACUGUCUGAGGGCCAUAGACUGGGACCUGGAGGACCUCAGUGAAACCAUCAGUAUCGUGGAGUCCAACCCGGGGAAGUUCAGACUGGGAGACGAGGAACUUCAGGAGAGGAGAGGCUUUGUGGAGCGGACCAGGGAGUCUGUCCAGGACAUGAAGGAUCAGCUGUCCAGCCCUUCUGCUGUGGCUCAGGCAGAGAAGAAGAACAGAGAGGUAGGUUCAUGUGCUCUGCUGACGUCUUCAGGACAGGACAGGUCAACAGGACUUGAGGCCCAUCUGGUGUCUGCUAACUCCAGAUACAUCCAGGACCAACAGGAGCAGCAGCAGCUGAUCGUGCAGGAGCAGGAUGAGCAGCUGGAGUUGGUGUCGGGCAGCAUCAGAGUCCUCAAAGACAUGUCGGGACGCAUCGGGGACGAGCUCGACGAGCAGGCUGUCAUGUUGGGGGACUUUGGAGACGAGAUGGACCAGACGUCGUCCCGGAUGGACUCGGUCCUUAAGAAGCUGGAGAAGGUGUCUCACAUGACCAGCAGUCGGAGACAGUGGUGUGCCAUCGGCGUGCUGGUCGUCGUCAUGAUCGUGGUCCUCAUCCUCUUCUUCGCUCUCUGAGGCCGACGACCUCCGACCCCUCGACUACGUUCAGCGACGGACGGACAGAUGGACAUGGGUCCCCCCCCCCCCCCCCCCCCCCCUGUCCCGUCCCGUCCCUUUCCUUCCCUCUGAGGAGAAGCCGGUGACCCGCAGACAGAAGUGAGGAGAGAACCCUCCUCCUCUCUGCUUUUAAUCAUUCUAGUGGACAAACGAGAACAGCAGAGCAGACUCCGGUGUUAUUACGUCUGUCCCAUCGGUGCGCUCGGGUUAUUGUUGGAGAUGAUGGUACUCAGUGGAGGGGCGGGACAGGAGCUCUUGUCAGGUUAAAAACACAAAUGUGUAGAAACGUUAAGCAAAUCAAGAUACUUCUAUGUUUUAAGAAGUACAUUCGUAUUUUAAAUGUACUCCCAGCAGCUCAACACUUGGUCUCGUUUUCAGCGUCACACAGAACUUCUGAGUGACGCUGAAAGUAAAUAAAUAUGAAUUUAUUAUUAACUGUUCAAUCAAGAAAGAUGCGUGUGGGGGGGAGCAGAUUGGGGGGAGGGGAGGGGAGGGGGGUUUCAGUGCUGCCUUAAAUAUAUUUUUGUAUAUCGUGGACAUGUGCAGUGUGUUUAUGUGCCUACAUCUCGUCAUCGGUUGAGUCGGAGGAGAAUCUUUUGUUGCUCUGCAGGUUUUUGUUUCCUCCAGUCACACUAACCCGUAGACUCCCCGCUCGUCUUCUCGGCGCUGUGGCCGAGCGGACGCGCGCGGUUUGAGUUCCCGAUGGAGGUUCCGUCUCCUCGGGGGGUUGAAGUCGGGUCAGCACAACGUUCGGCACACGAUUGGUGGAUUCUUUGUUCGUCUCACUGGGCGGCGAGAGACGAGCCUCGUCUCGGAGCGAAUGGGUUUGUGAUGAGAGGAGGAGGAGCGGUUGCCGGGCAGGAUGCCUCCACACUGAGCCUGAUCCAGGCCGACGGCUCCCUCUGCUGGAGGCCUCGUUGUUCCUCUGUGACGGUUUUUUUAUGUGUAAUCCUGUGUGAUCCACAUUUUUCUUUUUCUUUUGUCAGCCAGAGCUCAGCGUUACACAUUUCUCCUGAGACGUUUUGGGUUUUCAGAGGUCAGGUGUCCCAGGAUUCCAUGCGGGUGGAGUUCAGGGACGAGAUCCUCUCGGUAGUUCCUGUGUGUUUAGUGUGUUUUCACAUAUUCAAGCCCUCGCUCCUUAAAUGCCUCCGUGGGGAAAAUGUCUGCAAGCACAAAUGAAGCGCUCCCAUCGCGAGUCCCUGUUAAGAGACCAGAGGUCUGCAGGUAGAGGGUUCUCCAUCAUGUUUGGAUUCAACUACAUUUACUGCAUAAUACUGUAACAUCACAUCUGUAUUUAUUUGUUUCAUUGUAACCGUCUGCUGCAGGACGAGGAUCUGAAUGUACCGAUAUUUCUUAUCUUCCAUAUACAUGAAGAAUACAUGUGACUUGGCUGCUGUUGACAACUGAACGGAACAUGAUUGUUUUCUGGCGUUUAAAGUUCCAUUAAACUUGUUCAACGUGAA